AUGAAUUCCUGGAACCACACAGAUGAGCCUAACUUUAAACUUAUGGGAUUGACAGAUUCCAAGGAGAUCCAGCUAGUCCUCUCUGUCCUCUUUCUCUUUAUAUACAUGGCCACUGUACUGGGGAACAUAGGCAUGAUGCUAAUCAUUCGUCUAGAUGUACAGCUUCACACUCCAAUGUAUUUCUUCCUCACCCACUUGUCAUUCCUUGACCUCAGUUACUCAACUGUCAUCACACCUAAAACCUUAGAGAAUCUCCUGACUUCCAAAAGGAGCAUUUCCUUCAUGGGCUGCUUCAUUCAGUUAUACCUUUUUGGCCUCUUGGCAUCUACUGAAUGCUUUAUACUCUCUUCAAUGGCCUAUGACAUUUACGUAGCCAUCUGCAAUCCCUUACACUAUCCAGUUAGUAUGUUCACAAGGCACUGCCAUGCUCUUAUAACUGUAUCCUACGUGAUUGGAGCUAUGGAUGCCUCUAGCACUGUCUUUCCCAUGAGCACAUUGAAUUUCUGCAAAUGUAAGCACAAAGCCUUUUCCACUUGUGCCUCUCAUCUCCUGGGGGUCACUGUCUUCUAUGGAACUGUGAUCUUUACUUAUAUGAAGCCAAUCAAGUCCUAUUCCCUGGGAAAGAACCAAGUAGCUUCUGUGUUUUACACCAUUGUGAUCCCCAUGCUCAACCCACUCAUUUAUAGUCUCAGGAACAAACAAGUGAAAAGUGCUGUCCUUAGACUUGUGAAAAAAGGAGAGGGCUCUCAGAAAAUUAAAUAA